GCCAUCCCACUCAACUCCUCCACCCGCGCACUACCUCCCACCCACCCAGCCAGCGCACCUCCAUAUCAACCUCCCUCCAACUCACCCCCCAACCCCAACCCAACCCACCCUCAAAAUGUCCUCAGCCGGCUACACAGGCUUCACGCCCUCGGCAACGCAAACCACCGCCGCAAACGCGGCCGGCGACACCUCGAACGUGGACGUGCACGCGCGCGCCGUCUCCUACACGUGCGGCGACUGCGACGGCGACGUGCAGCUGAAGCGCGGCGAGCCGAUCCGGUGCCGCAACUGCGGGCACCGCGUGCUGUACAAGAAGCGGACGAACCGUAUGGUCCAGUUCGAGGCGCGAUGAACGGGGGAAGUUAUGACCGAGCGCGGGAUAUAAUGGUGCGGCGCUAUGGAGAAAUGAGGGCUUCGGGAUGACAGCAUCAAAGAUUCAGAGGACGAAGGCUGGCUUUGGCAUGGCGGUGGUCCUCAGCAAGCGGCAUGGUGUGUGGCGUUCAUGGUUUAAUAGCGGCAUGGCAUGGUAGAAAGACUUUCUCAAAUGCAUCACCACAGUCACGAUUGCAAGGCAG